AUGGCUGCAACACAGGCCGUGAUGCUUGUGACCAUGGUGCUGGGCUUGGCUGGAGCAAGCCCUAUCUUCACUUCCAAACACACCACAAUCAGGAGGGGCUGCCACAUUGGCAGGUUCAAGUCUCUAUCGCCACGAGAGCUGGACGCCUUCAAAAAGGCCAAGGAUGCGUUGGAAGAGUCACUCUUGCUGAAGCCCUGGAGCUGCAGCUCUCAUCUCUUCCCCAGCACCUGGAACCUGAGGGAGCUUCAGGUAUGGGAGCGCCCUGUGGCCUUGAAGGCUGAGCUGGCCCUGACGCUGAGUGUUCUGGAGGCUGUGGCCAACACGACGCUGGGGGACAUCCUGGACCAGCCCCUUCACACACUGCGCUACAUCCACUCUGAACUUCAGGCCUGUGUCCCAGCUCAGCCCACAGCAGGCCUCAGGCCUCGGGGCCGCCUCCACCGAUGGCUGCACCGGCUCCGGGAGGCCCCCAAGAAGGAAUCCCAAAGCUGCCUGGAGGCCUCUGUCACGUUCAACCUCUUCCGCCUCCUUGCACGGGACCUGAAGUGUGUUGUGAGUGGAGACCAGUGUGUCUGA